AUGAAUGCUAAGUCGUUAAGUCAGGAGAUUGAUAAGUCUUUGAUUGACAAUCCUUCUUUAAAAGUGAAAGACAUACGUAGUAAAGCAUUAAGGAAAUGGAAUACGAAUGUGUCAAUUUCAAAGGCAAGGAGGGCAAAGUUGAUUGCAUCCCGACAACUGGAAAUAGAUUACAAAGAACAGUUUAAAAGGAUCUAUGACUAUGGACAUGAGGUGUUGAGGUGUAACCCAGGUUCAAUAAUACAGAUUAAAGUUGAUGGUGAUAAUGGUGAACCAAUCUUCCAAAGAAUAUAUGUGUGUCUCAAAGCUUGUAAAGACAAUUUCAAGAACUGUAGGCCCAUUGUAUGUUUAGAUGGGUGUUUUCUAAAAGGUCAGUAUAAGGGGGAAGUGCUUACUGCUGUUGGUAGAGACCCAAACGAGCAGAUGCUACCAAUAGCCUAUGCAGUUGUAGAAGUGGAAAACAAAGAGACUUGGACGUGGUUUUUGCAGAUACUAAUUGCAGACCUAGGGGGAAAUGAAGUCUGUGGUAGGUGCACGUGGAUGUCUGACAAACAAAAGGGGUUAGUACACGCUGUCGAGGAGCUUCUGCCUAAUGCAGAACAAAGAUUCUGCCUGAGGCACAUGUAUUCAAACUUCAGGAAAAGAUUUAGUGGACAGAUAUUGAAGAAUAUGAUGUGGAGGGCUGCCACGAGCACAUAUCCCCAGGCUUGGGAAAGAGAAAUGCUGAAAAUGAAAGAAGUGAAUGUGGAAGCAUACAAAUACCUAAUAGGCAUUCCCCCAAGGUACUGGUCAAGAUCGCGCUUCACAGGACAAGCAAUGUGUGAUAGCCUGGAUAACAACAUAAUUGAAGCUUUCAACAAUGUUCUUCUGCAUGCUAGAGAACAGCCAAUUAUCACCAUGCUGGAGGAAAUAAGAGUUUAUUUGAUGAAAAGAUGGGCCACAAACAGAAACAAGGUGGCAAGUAUGAACUUCACAAUAUGCCCAAAGAUAAAAAAGCGACUUCUAAACGAAUCAAACUGGUCUGCUAUGAAGAUAUUUGAGGUUAGGCACUGUUCAGCCAUUGACAACAAGUUUAAGGUGGACCUGGACACUCAUGACUGUAGCUGCAGGAAGUGGCUGAUCAGUGGCAUACCAUGCUGUCAUGCAAUUGCAGCAAUGAAUUACUCAAGUUUAGACCCAGAAGAUUUUAUACCUACGUGGUUUAAAAGAUCCACAUACGAAGAAGUAUAUGCCUCCAUAAUUUACCCUGUCAAUGGCCAUUUGCUAUGGGAACGAACACCCUAUGAUGAUGUACUGCCACCACUUAAGAGGAAGUUACCUGAGAGGCCCAAGAAAAAAAGGAGGUUGGAGGCAUGGGAGCUCACUAAAGAUGACACUCAAAUGCGUGUUGGUGGACACAUCAAGAAAUGUAGCCUAUGCCGUCAGAGGGGACACAACAAAAACAACUGUCCUUUACGUCCUCAGCCAACAGAAACAGCAGAAAAUCAACCUUCACAGGCACCAAGUACCCAAUCACCUGGAUCAUCACAGGCACCAGCAAGUACCCAACCCCUGGACCGUCACAGCCAGCACCAAUUAUCUUUGAAUUCAGUAUUUUGA